AGCAAUAAGCUUUUUUUGUUUAUGGAAAAUUGAGGAUGUUUUAUUUCAGCUGAUGAAACAUGGGGCCAACACUUUACAUGUUGCAUUUAUAUUUGUGUUAAGUAUAUAUAUUUUUUAUAUAAUUUAGCUUAGGCCUACGUGUAUAGAUUGUUAAAUAUUUAAAGCGCAUUUCCCCCUACCCAAGCCUGUCAGAUGGCCGGAAGGAGCUGAGAGAGAAGCCUAUACAGUAUAGGCUACACAUUGCAGAUUCGCAAUCGCAUGGACAUUGCAAUUGCUAUUCCAGAGGGACACCGACUGCAUUUACGAACACACACAACACUCACCAGUGAUGCUACGAGAUUGAAAACUCCCGGUUUGAGUCACCUCGACUUUAGAAUGGUGCAGAAAAAUGUUAACGGUGGGGUUUACCCGACUCAAGCCGGAGAGAAGAAGCACAAAGUCGGCUUUGUCGGAUUGGACCCCGGGGCUCCCGAAUCUAGCAGGGACGGGGCGCAGCUGAUUGCGGGCUCGGAAAGCACAAAGCGGACCAGUAUCCUAUGCAGACGGAGGUCCAGUGCCAUAAGAGGUGGGAGAACGCCGAAGAAAAACCCCAGCUAUAGGAAACUACAGAAUUUUCUAUACAAUGCACUUGAAAGACCGCGGGGAUGGGCGUUUAUUUACCACGCGUAUGUCUUCCUGUUGGUGUUUUCCUGUCUCAUUCUCUCUGUUUUCGCUACCAUCAAUGAGUUCAAGAACAGUUCUGAGACUGCCUUGUACAUUCUGGAAAUAGUGACCAUCGUGGUGUUUGGAGUUGAGUACAUUGUGAGGAUAUGGGCGGCGGGCUGCUGCUGUCGCUACAGAGGAUGGAGGGGAAGGCUGAAAUUCGCCCGCAAGCCUUUCUGUGUUAUCGACAUCAUGGUCUUGAUAGCAUCUGUGUCGGUGCUGGCUGCUGGCUCCCAGGGAAAUGUCUUCGCCACCUCUGCCAUCCGCAGUCUCCGCUUCUUGCAGAUCCUCCGCAUGCUGCGGAUGGACCGGCGCGGGGGCACCUGGAAACUUCUAGGAUCAGUGGUCUAUGCCCACAGCAAGGAACUAAUCACUGCUUGGUACAUAGGCUUCCUCUGUCUCAUCCUGGCUAGUUUCCUGGUGUACUCGGUCGAGAAAGAUGACAACGACAUGUUUGAGACCUAUGCUGAUGCCCUGUGGUGGGGGCUGAUCACCCUGACCACCAUAGGCUAUGGGGAUAAGUUCCCAAAGACCUGGAAUGGACGUCUGCUGGCUGCAAUGUUCAGUAUGAUAGGAGUGGCUUUCUUUGCGCUCCCAGCUGGUAUCCUGGGGUCUGGUUUUGCUCUGAAGGUCCAGGAGCAGCACAGACAGAAGCAUUUUGAGAAGCGACGCCAACCUGCUGCUGGGCUGAUACAGAACGCUUGGCGAUUUUAUGCUACGAAUCUCGCUCGGACUGAUCUGCUGUCGACGUGGGAUUUUUAUGAGGAGAACGUUUCUCUCCCAAUGUACAGACUCAUACCCCCCCUCAAUCAACUGGACCUCCUGAGGAAUCUGAAGGCCAAAUCCUUCAGCAGGUGCUUGCUUACCCAAAUGCUAAGUCCUGAUGAUCUUAAUGACAUAUAGCUACUGCUGUUGACUUUUUCAGAUGUUCACCCUUGUCCUAACCUCUCUGACUUUAAUAACCUAAAUAAUGCUGCCCGUUUUUGUCACGGAAAUGCAUGUGUGUGUGUCUCUGUGUGUGUCUCUGUGUGUGUCUCUGUGUGUGUCUUUUUCAUUUGUCUGGAAACAAAGGAAGGACUCUCAGACAGAAGCCUCCCCCAGGUCUGUUAUUCAACCAGCCUUUGUUGUUUUACCACACACUUCUUCUACCCCCUUUUGGCUUUACUUCAAUUCUGCUCAAAGCUGCUGAGGCACUCUUCUUGAGGGAGUGUGUGUGUGUCCCGGGGCAGAAAGGACUGAGGUUUUGAUGAGUCUUGUUUUUUUACAAUGUGUGUCAGAUAUGGAUGUACCUUUUUGAUAAGAUCCUCCUUCAAGAACAGUGGCCUUACAUUUACCCACAGUGCCCUAGCUCAGGGGUUCCCACACUUUUUUUUAUUCAGGCCCCCCUUCCAGCAUUGGGAACCCCCCCCCCAUCUAUUUCUAUGCACACAGGCACCGUUUGUGACACAAACUGUUCACACAUCUCUAAAUGUGCAGGUUCAAAGCUUAUUUUCCUGUAAUUCUACACGUUUUGCCAUGGGGUGCAGAGAGAAUGUUGCAGUUUUGAAACUAAUUUUCUUGCGGUGUCUAAUGUGUAUUCAUGUGAUAUUUGAAUGACUCAAACCUUACAACAACAUCUAUGGGCGAAAAAAAGCCUAGCGAAAAAAGUUACCUAACAUGGGCUAGUUGAUCUGGACAUUUCUGACAAGUUAGAAAUACAGUCGCUUUCGAAGGUAGACACGAGAAGAGGAAAACUCAUGAUGCACAACCCAAUUUCGAAAUUGUAUCUUGUCCAUUCUACUAUUACAACCUUCAAGAUUAAUUUGAAAGCGGGGUGAAAUCCUUAAAUAGAUCUACCGUACCAGUCAAAAGUUUGGACACAUACUCAUUCAAGGGUUUUUAUUUUAGUUUUACUACAAUGAAAUUAUUACUAUUUUUAAUACAAUGAAAUAACACCCAUGGAAUCAUGUUGUAACCCAAAAAGUUUUUUUUGUUUGUUUAUAGUUGAGGUUCUUCAAAGUAGCCACCCUUUACCUUGAUGACAGCUUUGAACAUGGUUGGCAUUCUCUCAACCAGCUUCAUGAGCUUGUCACCUGGAAUGCAUUUCAAUUAACAGGUGUGUCUUGUUAAAAGUUCAUUUGUGGAAUUUAUUUCCUUCUAAAUGCGUUUGAGCCAAUCACUUGCGUUGUGACAAGGUAGGGGUAGAAUACAGAAGAUAUUUGGUAAAAGACCAAGUCCAUAUUAUGUCAAGAACAGCUCUAAUAAGCAAAGAGAAACGACAGUCCAUCAUUACUUUAAGACAUGAAGGUCAGUCAAUCCAGAACAUUUCAAGAACUUUGAAAGUUUCUUAGUGCAAUUGCAAAAACCAUCAAGCGCUAUGAUGAAACUGGCUCUCAUGAGGACCACCACAGGAAAGGAAGACCCAGAGUUACCUCUGCUGCAGAGGAUACGUUCAUUAGAGUUAACUGCACCUCACAUUGCAGCCCAAAAAUAAAUGCUUCACAGAGUUCAAGUAACAGACACAUCUCAACAUCAAUUGUUCAGAAGAGACUGCGUGAAUCACCAAUAAGAAGAAGAGAUUUUCUUAGACCAAGAAACACAUGAAAUGGACAUAGACCAGUGGAAAUCUGUCCUUUGGUCUGAUUAGUCCAAAUUUGAGAUUUUUGGUUCCAACCGCCGUGUCUUUGUGAGACGCAGAGUAGGUGAACGGAGGAUCUCGGCAUGUGUGGUUUCCAACAUGAAGCAUGGAGGAGGAGGUGUGGGGGUGCUUUGCUGGUGACAUUGUCAUGAUUUAUUUAGAAUUCAAGGCACACUUAACCAGCAUGGCUACCACAGCAUUCUCCAGCGAUAGGCCAUCCCAUAUGGUUUGUGCUUAGUGGGACUAUCAUUUGUAUUUCAACAGGACAGUGACCCAAACACACCUCCAGGCUGCGUAAGGGCUAUUUGACCAAGAAGGAGAGUAAUGGAGUGCUGCAUCAGAUGACCUGACCUCCUCGCGAUGGUUUGGGAGGAGUUGGACCACAGAGUGAAGUAAAAGCAGCCAACAAGUGCUCAGCAUGUGUGGGAACUCCUUCAAGACUGUUGGAAAAGCAUUCCUCAUGAAGCUGGUUGAGAGAAUGUCAAGAGUGUGCAAAGCUGUCAUCAAGGUAAAGGGUGUCUACUUUGAAGAAUCUCAAAUAUUAAAUAUAAUUUGAUUUGUUUUUUGGUUACUACAUGAUUCCAUAUGUGUCUUCACUAUUAUUCUGUAAUGUAGAAAAUAGGUCAAAUGUUAUUUUAUUUGUAUUUUAUUUCACCUUCAUUUAACCAGGUAGGCUAGUUGAGAACAAGUUCUCAUUUACAACUGCGACCUGGCCAAGAUAAAGCAUAGCAGUGUGAACAGACAACACAUGGAGUAAACAAUAAACAAGUCAAUAACACAGUAGAGAAAAAAUAAUAAUAAAAAAAUAUAUUUAAAAAAUAGUCUAUAUACAUUGUGUGCAAAGGGCAUGAGGAGGUAGGCGAAUAAUUACAAUUUAGCAGAUUAACACUGGAGUGAUAAAUGAUCAGAUGGUCAUGUGCAGGUAGAGAUACUGGUGUGCAAAAGAGCAGAAAAGUAAAUAAAUAUAAACAGUAUGGGGAUGAGGUAGGUAAAUUGGGUGGGCUAUUUACCGAUGGACUAUGUACAGCUGCAGCGAUCGGUUAGCUUCUCAGAUAGGAGAUGUUGGUGAGGGAGAUAAAAGUCUCCAACUUCAGAGAUUUUUGCAAUUCGUUCCAGUCACAGAAUUCUGAAAUAAAGAAAAACCCAUGAAUGGGUAGGUGUGUCCAAACUUUUUACUGGUACCCCUAUAUAUAUAUUUUGAGCUAUCUACUUAUAGAUAUAUUUCUUUGAGGGGGUGGGGACCCCGGCGCCCCCGACAGUUUGGGAACCACUGCCCUAGCUAAGCUCACUUUUCCCUCACCGCCAACAUUAAGCUUUUAUCCACAAUUCUAGGUCCUUUCCCAAGAUCAACAUUUGAAAUGUGUUAAUUACCCCACCGGCAUAGAGAACAUGGCCUUAGUGACCCAGUAACAUAUAUGAAUUUCAUAAUGGGUCACUGUAAGGCCAUGUCUUUGCGAUUUGUAGAACGAUUACAUUUAACGGCCAAUGCUGUGGUGUGGACUGUACAUAUUUCUGCCUACUGUUUCUGAAUGACAGAGGGCUUUGCAUAGGCACUUUGUUGCGUUUUUAUUGUGGGACAAAAAAAAUAUUCCUGAAAUGUUUAUUUUCCAGAACGGUAUGGAUCACUUUUGUUCCAGGUUCUAAUUUUCAUCAUAGGUACACUUCAUCUAUGACAGACAAAAUUAGAAAAGAAAAUCCAGAAAAUCACAUUGUAGGAUUUUUUAUUAAUUUAUUUGCAAAUUAUGGUGGAAAAUAAGUAUUUGGUCAAUAACAAAAGUUUAUCUCAAUACUUUGUUAUAUACCCUUUGUUGGCAAUGACAGAGGUCAAACGUUUUCUGUAAGUCUUCACAAGGUUUUCACACACUGUUGCUGGUAUUUUGGCCCAUUCCUCCAUGCAGAUCUCCUCUAGAGCAGUGAUGUUUUGGGGCUGUUGCUGGGCAACAAGGACUUUCAACUCCCUCCAAAGAUUUUCUAUGGGGUUGAGAUCUGGAGACUGGCUAGGCCACUCCAGGACCUUGACGUGCUUCUUACGAAGCCACUCCUUUGUUGCCCAGGCGGUGUGUUUGGGAUCAUUGUCAUGUUGAAAGACCCAGCCACCUUUCAUCUUCAAUGCCCUUGCUGAUGGAAGGAGGUUUUCACUCAAAAUCUCACGAUACAUGGCCCCAUUCAUUCUUUCCUUUACACGGAUCAGUCAUCCUGGUCCCUUUGCAGAAAAACAGCCCCAAAGCAUGUUUCCUCCACCCCCAUGCUUCACAGUAGGUAUGGUGUUCUUUGGAUGCAACUCAGCAUUCUUUGUCCUCCAAACACGACGAGUUGAGUUUUUACCAAAAAGUUCUAUUUUGGUUUCAUCUGACCAUAUGACAUUCUCCCAAUCUUCUUUUGGA